CUGUACACUGAUGUUGUCUUCUACACAUCAACGGAAUUCAUUUUAUGGUUUGCUUGUAUGCAUGGGGCUCUGCUGUUAAGCCACUGCCAUGGGACAUUCGGCUUAAGAUACUAAUAGGAGCAGCCCAAGGCCUGGCAUUUUUGCUCGCAAUAGGACCAAUAAUUUGCAGAGAAUUCAAGGCAUCAAAUAUAUUGCUUGAUGAGUCGUUCAAUUCCAAGAUCUCGGACUUCAGCUAUGCAGAGUUGGAUUCCCCUGAAGAACGUCAUUGGCAUGAAACAAGAUGGCCAGGGACACAUCCUGUCUACAAACCGUACAUUGCCCCGUACAAUGCCCCGGAAUAUGCUUUCACUGGUAAUCCCUGAACCUUUUCAAGCUUCAGGCUAUUAACAAGCUGUCGUGAUAUUAUCAAAUCACCCAUCCAAUUGAUGCACGCCUUAAAACUACUUGAACUAAGCCCACUGAAUUUGAUGUGUUACCAUAUCAACAUUAUCCUCGCUCAAACAGGUAUGGUGAGUGUGACGGGCAAUGUGUAUAGUUUCGGUGUUGUAUUGCUUGAGAUGCUUACGGGGUUACGCGCACUUGAUACGAAUCGUCCGCAUCAGCAACAUAAUUUGGUAGAUUGGGUCAAGCUCUAUUUAGCUGAUCGAAGAAAGUUAGCAACCGUAAUCGACACCAGGUUGGAAGGGAGAUAUCCUAAGCAAGCUGCCCUGCAAAUAGCUCAUCUUGCUCUACGUUGUCUUGAAGAUAAAAUCAGAACAAGGCCAUUCAUGGAACAAGUUGUGGAGACACUUGAA